AUGUGGCAACCCCUGAUUCAUUAAGCAACUGUAAAUUAAAAUGUGCAUUUUCAUUGCAGUUGAAGUUACUAUCCAAAAUAGCCGAAAUCAAAAUGCAGCAGUCAGAAUAUUUAUAUAUUUUUCUAAUUUCCAUUUUGUAUUCCGCUAAUUUAAUUAGUUCCCGUCCAGUACCGAAUGAGGCUGCAAUAGCGGUUCACGUACAUUUGCCGUACGACAUGCAGAGAGCGCAGCGUCAGAUAGUACAACCCACAUGGCUUACGGAUAAAAGCCGUCCACUCGCACCCAUCGAUGGCAUUGUGCACAUCAACCAAAAGAAUUUGCAAGAGGUAGCAGAGUUGCGUGAUGCCAUACAAAAGGCAGUUAAUGAGGGCCGCUUUGCAGUCGACAUCGAACAGGAUCAACCACCGCAGGCACCCCCUUUCAAUGUGGAACAGCAAAAUGCGCAGCUGGGUCCGGAAUGGCCGCCACUACCGCAGCCACUACCACCGGCAACCGCACCGCAAUUCGGUCCAUUACCCUUGGCACCCUUUAAUCAAGCUCCUUGGGCAUUACCCCAAAUGGUGCCUUGGCCGCCGGUGGAUCCGCAGCAACCCAAUCUAAUGCAGCGCAUGUGGAGCGAUUUUAUGGAGAAUACGCGUCGGAUGUGGGAAAGAAAUUAAAAUAUUAAAGGGAAAUGCACACCAAAGUACGAGAAUUAGGAAGUAGCAGAGUGCUGCGUAAAGUCAAACGUGAAAUGUCUAGGCAUAGAUAUUUUUACAUUGAAAUUGGUUAAAAUAGUUCGUUACUAAAGUGUUGCAAAAAAUGUGAACGAUAUGUAGUUGUGUUUAUGAUAGUUUUUAAUGCUUUAUAUUUAUGUGUAAAAAUGUAUACAUACGUCUUUACCGUUAUGUUUUUCAGUAUUAUAUUUGUAAGCCUAAGGAUUGGCAAUGGAAACGCUAUAAUUUCUGUGAAAUGAAGUAAAAACCAGCAAUCACUUAUGGAAUUUUAAGGAAUCUUCCUUUUAUCUUUUUGAAUAAUGUUGUAUGUAUGUAAA